CCACUGAGAGGAGGAGAGGGCUGUGUGUGUUUCGGAUGGUGGAGAGAUAGACUGACUGAAGAUCCUCUCUAACUCAGGAGAAGGAAAGAAAUCACAGAAAACGGGGAUUUAAAUUUUUCUUUCCAUUCUUAAGAAGAAAUAGAAAGGAAGAAAUUUUCCUUCUGUCACAAACUGUCAGUUUUUUUUGUGAAAUAACAUCGCAAUAGAAAGGAAGACAUUUUCCUUCUGUCACAAACUGUCAGAUUUUUUUGUGAAAUAGUGUCACAAGAAAAAGGAGACUUAAGAUUUUUAAUUCAAGUGACAAAGGAGAAUAUUUUUUUCAGUCAGCAUUUCAUUGGAUUGAGAAAGAAUCACUCUCUUUCUCUCCAUUUUGAGAAGGAUAUAUGUCUUUCUCCUUAACAUCAGUAAACUGUCUCUCCAUCCAAGAGGAGUUGAUGAAGUCACCAACAUACCUGUUAAGGAACUGAGUUAUCACUGUGGGAAUACCAACAUAACUGACCAAGAUUUCGCUUAACAUUGAUAAAGGACUUAGUAACGCGUAACUAAUUCUGUAUCACCCCUUGUGAUAGCAAAUAAGUACUGACAAUUUCUUGUGGAGAUUUUUUUUUACGUGUGUGAAUUUAUUGAAUUUUUUCGGUAGAAUAUUUAAGGAAACUGCAACUUUUUGAAAGAAAUAAUCUAUUUAUAGAUGUGAUGACAUCACAGACAGAUUUUGCAGAGCACUUUGAUGUGUCACAUUACAUAUCCCAAUUAAACCGAUGAAUUUCCUUGAAUUUAUGUUUUGUUCAAUUUUAUGUAAAUUGAAUAUUUACACACGACUUUUGAAAAUGGAAAUGGACUUUUACACUAUAUUUACAUCAGUGUUGUACACCAAUAAUUAAAGCCAGUUUACACUGACUCCAGUGUAAAGUGGGAAAGCCAUAUACCAGUGUAACAGUUUACAUUACCAAGUUUCGACAUCUUGACAAGAAACAUGAAGCUUCCAAGUAACUUGUUCCAACAGAUCUGCAAGGUUGGUGACAACGUCGUUUGGGAGACACACAAAGUGACACUUUCCCGCGUGCCGAGGUUCGGCUUUGGUAUUGCGGUCAGUGGAGGACGGGAUAACCCGCACUUUGCUAACGGUGACCCUUCUAUAGCUAUAUCAGAUGUUCUCAAGGCAGGACCGGCUGAGGGCAAACUUCUAAUCAAUGAUAGAGUGACCACAGUGAAUGGAAUACCACUUGAUAACGUAGAACACUCAGCUGCUAUCGCUGUCCUUAAGGAAAGUGGUAACACUGUCACAUUGGUAAUUCGUCGGAGAGUGGUAUUACCUACACCAAUGGAGACAGAUAGUAACACACCCCUCAAAAUAACGCUGUCCAAGCACAACAGGAAAGACGAUUAUGGUGUCGUGCUUGGAUGUCAAUACUUUAUCAAGGAGAUUGUUGGGCAGAGCCUUGCGGCCCAGGACGGUACCAUCAAAGAGGGAGACUUUGUACUUAAGAUAAACAACACAUCUGUUGAGAAUUUGUCACUUGUGGAGGCAAAACGACUGAUAGACAAAACUAAAGACAAGCUACAGCUCUGUGUGACAAAGAAACGAUCGGAGGAGAAACUACACAUUCGCCAGGGCAGUAAAACUGACGAUGAAUACUCGCUAGGUUACGGCACUUUACAGGGAACUCUUCAAUCCAAAAAGCAAGAAAUAAACGACGUGAACUUUUACCGUUCACCGAGUCAAAACGACAAUGAUUUAUACAAGGGAAACUACGACCCAAACAGCCUUCCUACAGGGGCGUAUCCUUCUUCUGAGCAUGCUCGGUAUGACGGGAGAUAUGUCUAUGAUAAUGAGGCACCACCAAGGCCUCCUCUUCCACAGGACACAGAUGCUCCACCCCGACCCCCAAGUCCCGGUAAGGAGCUUCUCCGCCCUGAUGACUUCUACGGCCAACCAAAGUCACCGACCCAUGACCAGGACGGAUAUCUUAGUGACUCACAACGCAGACCUCCAAUGUCACCGAAACUCCAAGACAUGACGGAUGUAGGAAUGAAACGACGCCCACACGAAGAAAGAUAUGUUGGAAAACGGAAAGACAUAACGUUGGAGCCCCGUCAUGUAUAUUUUGAGAAAGAGCCAGAGCUUGGACUUGGUCUGCGACUGGCUGGUGGCAACGCAACAGGGAUAUUUAUAGCAUCUGUACAGCCUGGUAGCGGGGCCGAAGUUGUGGGGCUCACUGAGGGGGAUCAAAUACUCAUUGCUAACAACAAAGAUAUCCCAGGCUUGUCCAGGGAGGAGGCAGUUAGUUAUCUGACUAGUCUAGAGGGGCGUGUCAACAUGGUUGUUCAGUAUCAGAAGGAGGAGUACGACAGGAUUAUGACUAGUCAGGAGGCUGGAGAUUCUUUCUAUAUCAAAACACAUUUUGCCUAUGAACAACGAGAACAGGGAGAACUGUCUUUUACAACAGGCGAUAUAUUCCACGUCAAGGACACUCUGUUUAGAGGUGUGGUCGGCUCCUGGCUAGUGACGAGAGUUGGACGCAACAACCAGGAAACACAGAAAGGCAUAAUACCAAAUAAAAAUAGAGCCGAACAAUUAGCUGUAGCUAAACAACAGUGCGAGGAAGAGAAAGAAAAUUCACCGUCCAAGAGUCGUAGUCUCCUUUUCAAACGUAAAGCAGCACGCCGAUCGAAGUCCCUCGGCAAGGAUCAUUGGGAGGAUGUGAUAUUUUCUGAAAACGGUGCGAGCCUGUCUACAAAGUUCCCAGCCUAUGAACGAGUUGUCCUCAAAGACUGUGGAUUUCAGCGGCCUGUUGUGAUUUUCGGUGCUCUCUCAGACGUAGCGCGAGACAAACUUCUGAAAGAAUAUCCUGAUAGAUUUGAGUCACCACAAAAUGAUACAAGUACUUUGAACGACGACAAGAAAUCUAAUAGAUCAGGAAUUAUACGACUUGGUGCAAUAAAGGAUAUAAUAGCAAAGAGAAAGCAUUGUUUACUGGACGUAACACCACACAAUGUUGACCGUUUAAACUACGCCCAGUAUUAUCCGGUCGUUGUCUUCCUGAAAGCCGAAAAUAAAAAUGUUGUUAAGGAAAGCCGUGCAAGGUUUGCUAAAGGUUCUAGCAAAAACCCAAAGAAACUUUUCGACCAGAGUGGGAAACUGGAGAAAAUGUACCAUCAUCUUUUUACUGCUACGAUAAGUCACAAUGCUACUGAUAUUUGGUAUCGUCGCCUGCUGGAGAUGGUUGAUUUACAACAGAAACAAAACAUUUGGAUGUCCGAACGCAAGCCGGAAGAUGAUAUCAGCGAUGACUACUUGUUCCCAAUGUCCAAUCGCCUUAGCUUUGCACCAUCCCAGCAGAGCGAACUCGACCUCAGUCGACCAGUAGAUGACUUUGACCUUUCACCUAUGCAUAAGAAACGACUAGUGAGGUCAUCCUCUGAUCCCAGUGUAAACACAACGGACAGAAUUCCUGGCAUUCCUCCAUACCCUGCACCUCCUGCAUAUCACAAAACGCCCGGGGUACAGAGAAACCCGGGUAUGCUUGACGACAGAAGAUAUGUAGAGUUAGAUGGCCUUCCAGAAGAUCGGUAUUAUGCAUCAUAUUAUGCAUCAGAGAACCGACAUCACCCAAGCAGAUCUCAGAUAGACCCAUAUGCCACCAUCACUCCCCAUGAACGCAUGUACCCCCGAGCACCACAGGAUGAGCGUUGGUUCAACCCUGCGUAUGAUGACCAAGACCACCAGGGAAAUCGUUACGGUCACAGUAAUCACCGGCGGUCUGAAUCAGAUCUCGCACAUACAUCUCGACCAUCUACUUCAUCCCUCCCUCCUCCACAGCCCCAUCAUAAUGAUCAACAGCAUCAGCAUCACCACAGGCCAUACAAUGAUAACUCGUCAUACAGCAGUGAUUCCUACACAAAGUACACGUCACACCCGGCCAACAAACACGAUGAUUCCAAACUCCGAGAGAAACUUGGCGCCAAGGGAUCACAUGACCCAUACCGCUUCACAAGGAGUACAGCCCAUCCUGUCAGUACGGCUCAUGUCGACAAAUCAAAACUCUCCGAUCUGUCUGCCAGAUACAGAAAAGAUGACCAGGGUCAAGGAAGGAGUAAAUCUGUGCCGUCCCUUCGGCCAGGGACAGCACCUCCAGAGGUCGGAGGUCACCAGCGCGACCCCAAUACCAAGAAGGAACCCCCACCAGUGCCAGUGAAGACCUAUAACCUGAAGGAUCGAGGUAUCGAACCUGACGAUCAAAAAAUCAGGAAUUACGAAAAUACUAACAGGGGCUACAACUACACCGAUUCCAGUAACUACGCCGUAGUCAACAAAAUCAAAACUGGCAACAUGCGCAGUCCGCCAUCACAGGAUUAUCAUGAUUCAAAUGAGAAUCCAUACGAUUAUGUUGCGCCACGAUCGACGUACCAACGGCAGCCACAAGGAAACGAGAGAAUAAUGACAAGCCAUUAUGCUCGACCCUAUGUUGCCCAGGACCCGAACAAUCCAGAGCCUCACACUGAUCGAGGUCAAAGGUCAGGAGGACCUGGAUCUCAGCGAAUGUUUGUUAAUCAAAUGUACAUGGACCACCAGGAAUUACAGCGACUAAAGGCACAGCAAGAUGGUGGCACUAAUGGUCACCCUGGAAACAUGGACGGCUAUUCUCGAGAUCCUGGGUAUCCCAGCGCAGCGGAUCGCCCGAGGGAUCGGACGAAUGCAGAUUCCACGGACACAGACGAGAGAGGCAGCGCAUUUGAAGCUUACAAGAAGCCAGUUAUGUCAACUUUUGGAAAAUCUGAUAUGAAUGGUCCAUCAUCACCCAAACCUCUACUGCAGCCUGGCAGGCAGUACAGCCCUUUACCUAACCAAGCAGUGUACAACGAUGAAACUAACCAGGUCAUCUAUGAACCACAACCUCACUCUGACCUCGGUGAGAGUGAGGCUCGAUCUGACAGGUCAGGUGAUGUGUCAGGUGACAGGUCAGCUGACCAAGAAGAGCGACAACUGUUUAAUAGCGACAGUAGUGGGUUAGACAGUGGAAAGUCUAUAGAAGAAGGUCAUACAGUGGUUGCAACUGCCAGAGGAAUUUUCGACCACAAAGGUGGUGUGUUAGAAUCAAAGGAAACAGGUGUGAGUAUUGUCAUUCCACUAGGUGCUAUCCCUGAGGGCGUGCAACAGGAGAUAUACUUUAAAGUGUGCAAGGACAACAACAUCCUACCACCACUGGACAGAGAGAAAGGUGAGACGUUGCUGAGCCCCUUAGUGAUGUGUGGGCCCCACGGACUGAAGUUCCUCCACCCAGUGGAGCUACGUCUUCCUCACUGUGCCUCGGUCAAUCCAGACAGCUGGUCCUUUGCCCUGAAAUCCAGUGACUCUCCUUCAGGACACCCCACACAGUGGCAGAACAUGAACCUGGCCGGCAUGGAUCAAAGUUCACAGGGUAAAGUAGGCAAGAGUAGUGUGUCCGUCCUUGUGGAUCACUUCUGAUCCACGCACUGAUUCACCUGAACGAACACCAAAAAGUCCACUCAUUACACCAAAAAAUCCACACAGUCCGUGGACUUUUCUCCACAAGACUAGUAUUGUGAAUAUAGCUGACAGUGGACGUUCUAAAUGGAAAGGAGGCUGAUGUUCCAUUGAAAGUGGAUAAAAAUGCUGUGCAGCCCCACUGAAUGUGGAUUGUAUCAACCAGCAUUGGAUACCAUAAGGAAUUCCACACCGUGGAUAACUUAUAAAGUACACUGUUGAUAAGACAGCAGGAUAUGUGUACCAUACAGAUCCCUCUGUUGAUAUUGGCUAAUUUACUUUCUAGAUGAACGCACAAGUGAACUACGAGGAUGUAAUACACUACACACAACUGAUACAAAAUACUGCAUGGAUGUUACUAGUCCAAAAAUCACUUCACAUCUUAGUUCAACCAAUCGUGUGGAUUUAUUUCCUCAUCCACAACAACUACGUAACUUAUUUUAUUGUCCACUCAGGAAAUUCAAUUUGUGGAUGUAUCGGCCAAAGACGAUAAAUUGUUACGCACUUUAGAGAUUGUUUACAGGUCUUAACAAACAACAACUCAGUUCGAUGGUAAAACAGACAGACCAGGCUUGUUGUUGUUGUAGAGUGCGGAAACAAGCGUGGCAGCAAAACGGACAACUGCAGUUUAUAUGUCUUUUCUGUAAAUACAGUUAUUCGAUAUUAAAGAAACCAACUGCUUUUAAAGUGAAUUUAAUUUUGCUGAAUUUAGUUUGAUAAUUCAGGUAAGUUUAUAUACAAAUAUUAUCAGUGAAGGAUGGGCUUAUUAAUGAGCAUGGUACAAUGUGAUAUACGCACAGAACAUAUCAUGUGAUGUUGUAGGCCUGAACAUCACAAGGUGAUACUAGGGAUAAAGGUCAGUCUGAACAAGUCUAUACGAUAAAUAACCCAGACGUAUCACUUUAAAACCAAUUAUGAUGAAAAACAUGAGGUAUGUAGUUGGUAGAACAAGUUCUUAGAGAUCUCAUUCAAAACAUUUGUUAUAUAUGACUGUCAGCAAUAGUUCUUGUAUGGUUUGCCUUUAUUUUUAUCAAGCAAUCUGACUGUCAGCAAUAUUUCUUGAAUGGUUUGCCUUUAUUUUUAUCAAGCAGUUAUAUUAUAUUGCAAUAUAUUUACACUGGAAUUUGUACCAUUGCUACCCUAUUGGUAUACAUACAGUUGAUCAGACCUAGCUGAUGAAGGGAAGGCCAUCCAUUCUAUCAUACAAGUUUUAUUAUCGAAGUACUCAGCUAAAACGGCAGCAGAUUUAAAGACUUAAACAUAAAUAUGAGCCAUUUAUUUUUCUUGAUGUGAAAUUAUAGACAAUAUAUUAAAAUUUGCAUGAUUGCAGUUGUUUUUAACAAGUUGAAUAAAAAAUUUUUUACUAUAAAGUAGUAUAUAUUUGGACAUAAUCAUAUUGUUAUGAUGCCUGGAGUUAUUAAGUGUAUAGCAGAGAAUAUAUUUUUGCCGUUCUUUGAAGUUUCUGAAAAUCCAUAACAAUAAUAAUUACACUUGUUUAUUGAUUGCAAUUUUUUGUGGUUUUUUUUUUUUUUUUGUUUACACCUGUCAAUCUUUUUGUGUUUGAAAAAUGAAUAGUAAUUGAUAUAAGCUUUCAGCCUGUUUUCCGGUUAUUAUUUUAUCGUCAAUAUUAAAAAUCCUGAUAUGAAUUUCUUUAAAAAUGAAAAUAUCAUUUCAACUAAAGAUCUCUCAAAUCUGAACUGAUGACUGUUUGGUGUUUAUCUGUUGUGAUGAGGUUCAUGUGUUAUGAACUAGCUUCAUAGUGUUGUGAACAACAUGUUAGUUUAAUCUCUUUGGUUGUGAUUGAUAUUAAAGAGAUGGUAUGAAUUGUGUGAGUUGGAAUCACCAUGAUAUUAAUACAAUACAGUGAUCGGGUGUGAUUAUAACCAUCUACAAUACAGUGAUCGGGUAUGAUUAUGAUCAUUAGCAUAAAAAUAGAAAGGAUUAUUGUGUUUUUGUAAAGGGGUGUGGUUAUCUUCUAUAAAAUGGUUUGAUGUAUAGUUAUUCUUAAUUCAAAUUGGGGGG